AUGGCAAAAAUAUCUAGCUGGAUAAAAAAACAAAGGGGAUUUGAUAAAGACAAAAUAAAAGAGAAUUAUAAAAGUAAGGAAUAUGUAGAUAUAGAUAUAUUUAGUGUUUCUAAUAAAUCAGGAGAUAGUAAUACAGAAAAUAAUAGUGAUUGUAACAGUAUCAUCGAAGAGAAUAUAAACAAUGUAGAGGAUAUCAAAAGGAAAGGAGAGAAUCAAAUUAUAAACAAUAAAUAUAACCAAGAAAAUGAUAAUAAAAAUAAUGACCACCAUGAAGAUUCAGAGAUAUGUUCGAUUCAUAAGGAUAAAUGUAACAAAUUAUAUAAAUGUAUUUUAAACAUUUUUGAAGAUAAUGAAAUAUUAGAAAAUAACAAUAAAAAAAUAGAAACUAAUAUAAAUAAACAAAUUAUUGAACAUAACAAAAACAAUAUACAAAAUAAUAUAAAUAAUAUACUCUUAUCAAAAAAAUCACACAUUUUUCAUACCCUUAAAAUAUUAGUACCAUCAAUACAUGAAAUAAACGGGAUGAACAGCUCAUACGACGAUAAAUAUGUAAACGUUAAAGAACAAACGAAUUUUAAAAAAGAAGUUGAAGAGCUUGAAGAAAAAAAUAAAAAUAAAGAUAAUAAUAGCGAUAACAAUAAUAGUAAUUAUUUUAAUACUACCAAAUAUAAUAUUGACAGAUCAGAUAUUUCUUCUAUUAAUAAGGAUUUAUUUGAAGAUAUAUAUAUAGACACAUCACCUAAUAAAAAAAAACUAAUAAAUGAUAAUAUCAACAUAGAGGAAGAAUAUUAUGAAUCGAUCAAGACAUCUAUAAAUUAUAAUAAUGUUUUGAAUUUUUGUAAGGAUGAUAAUAAUAAAAGGAAAAUGAACAGAGGAAAUGCUCUAAAUAAUAUUUAUAUUAAUUUUGAUGUGUACGAAAAUAAAAUGAGGAAAAUAGAGAGAAGGAAGAAAAAAAAUAAUACAAAUGAAAAAAAUAAUGCAAAUGAAAAAAAUAAUACAAAUGAAAAAAAUAAUGCAAAUGAAAAAAAUAAUACAAAUGAAAAAAAUAAUACAAAUGAAAAAAAUAAUACAAAUGAAAAAAAUAAUACAAAUGAAAAAAAUAACACAAAUGAAAAAAAUAAUGACUUGAGGGUUGAUGUAAAAGAUAUGAUUAAAUACACAGAAAAGAAUAACAAUAAAAAUUUCAAAUAUUAUGAUAAUUAUAAGGAUGAAAUAAAUAUACUGAGAAAACAUAUUAUUAAUAAAAAAUCUGAAAUUUUAUAUGCAAAGAAUAAAUUAAUAAAAGAUAUCUCUAGAAUUGAGAAAAAUAUAUUCAUGUCUGAUUUAUACAAUGACAUUUCUGUAUGUAUAAAUAAUUUAAAUAAUAUGAAAGUAAAGAAAGCCUUUUUUAUCGUACAAGAUUUAUUUAUUAAAAAAUAUAAUUGUAAUAAAAAAAAAAGAAAAUUAUUCUUAAGAAAUAUAUUUAUAAGUGAAAUCUUAUAUAGAUAUAAAAUAAUCAAGAAAACAGAAAUAAUAUUUAAUAUGAAUAAUGAACCCCCUUGUGAUAACUAUAUGAAAUAUUCUAUAAUAUCCAAAAGGCUGUAUAGAAAUUAUACUUUUGAUUAUAUUAUAGAUUUAAUAGAUGUUAAUGGUAAAGUAUGUUUUAUGAAAUAUAUAAGUUGUUUAAAUAAAAUUAAUCAUUAUUUUAAAAAUAUAAAAUUGAAAUCCAUAGAAAUUAUAAACAGUUCAUCUUUAGAAAAUAAUUAUUCAAGUUUCGAGACAGUUAAUUCUAUAAGUAGUGAAGAAUUUAGUGACAUUGAAAAGAAGAACAAAAAUAUGUACUCUAAAAAUAACAGCAGAGGAAAAAGCAAAAACAAAAAUAAAAACAAAAAAAAAAAAAAAAAAACGAAAAAAAGUGAAAGUAUGUGUGAUAAAUCUAUAUCAAAUGUAUAUAUAGAUUUUUCUCAUUUUAAUCUAGCUUAUGAGGAUGAAGAUAAUGAAGUUUUUUAUUACGUGACCAAAAAGGAAUAUGCCUUAUUAAGGAGGAGUUCUAGCUUUUCCUAUUAUAUAGAAAAUGAGGGAAAGAAGGAAGAAAACCAAACAAUAAAAAAAAAAACACUUGAACAUGUAGAAGAUAUUCAUAUGACACAUGUAGAUGUAGAACAUGAUCAUAUCAAAAAAGAAGACGAUAGGAAAAAUUCGGAACCAGAACAAUAUAAAAAAAUAAAUAAAAAUAAAAAAAAUCUUUUAUACACAAAUAAAGAAUCACAUAGUAUAGAACAAAAUUCACAAAAUAUUUCUUUAGAAAAAUGUGAUGAAAAAAGUGAUUUUAAUACAGUUAUAUAUUUUUAUGUUAAUUUAUUAAUACCAUCAAAUUUUAUAUAUAUUAUAGCAUCAUUGAUUGAAGCAACAUUAUUCAAGUCGUGGAUUCCCUUUUAUACAUUUCCAUUCAAAUUUGGAAUCACUGAUUGUAAAUUAUUAAAAGAAAGAGGUUUAAUAGAUAAAAUGGUAUAUACCAAAAUAGCUAUGCCGUGGAUAAUUAGGGAUAGGUAUUUAUUAAUGGAUGUAUGGAUAUGUGAAGAUUUUGAAUACUCAAGGGGUAUAUUUUUAUACGCUACAAAUUUCCCGAGAAAUACGGAAAUAAAU